CACAUUUCUUCAAUAAUGGGGUGGUUUGCCUUGUGUGUGCCUGCUAGCUGUGACUACCUGAAAUUCUUGUCGACUACAAUCUACAAAUUCUGUAUAGCUGGCCGAUUUGGUUAUCAUUUGUGAACAGUGUUAAAAGUGUUUGUGUGAUUCAAAAAAAAUAAUAAGUGAAAAUGCCUCCUAAAACCAGUGGUAAAGCAGCAAAGAAGGCCGGCAAAGCCCAAAAGAACAUUACCAAGGGCGAUAAGUCGAAGAGACGUACCAAGCGUAAGGAGAGUUACGCUAUCUACAUUUACAAAGUGUUGAAGCAAGUCCAUCCCGACACCGGUAUCUCCUCCAAGGCCAUGAGCAUCAUGAACAGUUUCGUCAACGAUAUCUUCGAACGUAUUGCCGCCGAAGCCUCUCGUUUGGCCCACUACAACAAGCGCUCGACCAUCACCAGUCGGGAAAUCCAGACCGCCGUCCGUCUAUUGUUGCCCGGUGAAUUGGCUAAGCACGCCGUCAGUGAAGGUACCAAGGCUGUUACUAAAUACACCAGCUCCAAGUAAAUGUCUUGAUAUUUUUCAUUUUCAUGCGUCGAAAUACUACCUUAAAAGGCCCUUUUCAG